AUGUCUUAUAAGUUCAACUUCGCCCACGGAUCCUCACUUACAUCCGGUUGGCUUGAGGAAGAUUCUAGUAACCUCAUCAUCAUGUGCUCUCCUGAAAAUUCUCCCGAUCAAUGCUUCUUCCUGAAUCCAUCGAUACACAGGCGUUCAUCUUAUCUCAGAGCGCGACUCGGCCAAUUUGUUCAAGAAGGAAGAUCGCACAUGUACUCUUGGAGAGGAAAAAUCUAUAUUGUCUCCAAAAUUGGCUAUGAAAUAAAUUUAAGAUGGAGCUCUCUCUCAAGUAUCUCGGAUAAAGAGUGGUCGUAUUCGUACUGGGGCAAUAAAUGCAUGGGAAACAAAGUGAUCUUCUCUCACGAAGAAAAUUGCGAAGUUUUGUUCUCCGAUGUAACCGACGCGGUACCGAUUGCUGACGACACUGGCGUAAACUUUUUCUUGGUGGCAGGGAGAGAGCCAGACUUUCAAAGAUGGGUAAUCGUUUACAGAUAUACUUUCGGCAACGGUUAA